CGGUAGGCAUAUCAAAAAUCGGUAGGAGUACAGAUAAAUCGGUAUUUCUGGUCACUCUGCGAGGAUGGGAUGCAAAACGAAGCAAAAAAAAACCCGCAAAUAACAGUCAAACACAAUAACAAAUAGAGCCAUCUAAAUAUCGGUCGCUUAUCACCAAAACGCAGUGUAUAAAGUAAUAAAAAAAGACGAAGGACCGUUUCCGUAUCCCAAGGAGGUGGCAAAUUAGCGCUUUCGUUAUCCGCGCGUAACGUGACGUUGUUUGGUGUGCAGUGCACAAGUUGCGUGUUUGUUGUGUGCGGCUUACGGAAGUGUGAUUCUUCGAACCGAACAAACGGAGUGACCAUUAACGAACCAUUGCCGAGCUUAGUGCGUGUUUUUUUUCGUGUUCGUGAAAGUGUGUGGAAGAGAGGAUUAGGAAAAGUCUAAGCUGCUGAGUAUCGGCCAAGCGCCACUACUAGAACCAGCCAAGAAGAUAACACAACAAACACCCCACUGUAAAGCCCCAAACAAACAACCUCACUGUCAGCAUCGCACAGUGAAGGAGAAGCGGAGGAAAAAAACAGUACACGUCAACAAUCCGAUCGCCCAGCACGACAACAGGAGCCAGCAGCUAGAAGCAUUCCAGCACCUCCCGUGUGUCGCUGAUCGAUCGUCGGUCGUGUGUCGCUGGCGGAAUACUAAACAGCGGCAACCCUGGUUGGCCUGCUCUCCUCCACGGAUCGGUUUGAGGAAGUCGAUUCGGGGUGAAAGUUGUACCGAGCGGCUGCUAGGUGCCGUCCCCCCGCUCCAAUAGGCGUUUUGCAGUUUGCGCUGUUGCGGUGGUUGCUUUGUUUCGGCGCUACGUGCUCUGCCAGUUUUUCCUCAAUCGUGUGUGUGUGACGAGGAACACGAACGCGCACACCGACGGCCCGAACCAGUCAAACGAGCCGAGCAGAUUUCCACCAACACACCAGCACGGUGGGCACUCGCUCUUGGCUCUCUGGCCUAUCCCACAAUAAACUGGUGCUGUCCGGCGGCCCAACGGUUCAGUCUUCGGUUGUACGCGCCCGCGGAAAGAUCGGCUCUAUCUGCGCGCUCCUCUGCUCGUGUGAGAAGAAAAAAAAAACGGUUCCACGGUACGGCACCACCACCACCUCUCCCUCACUUCAUUUUUUGUUUGUGUUCGCGCGCGUGUUUGUGUGACUAUCUCUCGCCAGAACUGUAGCAAACAACCCAGCAGCACCAACAUGUGCGGUAUCUUUGCGUACCUAAACUUCCUGACGCCGAAGACGCGGCGGGAAGUGCUGGACCUGCUGCUGAACGGGCUGAAGCGGCUCGAGUACCGCGGGUACGAUUCGGCCGGCGUCGCCGUCGACGGCACCACGAUCGAUGCGGACAUACUGCUGUUCAAGCGCACCGGCAAGGUGAAGGUGCUGGAGGACGCGAUCCACUCCGCGGCGCAGACGGUCGACUUUAGCCAGUCGUGCGAUACGCACGUCGGCAUCGCGCACACCCGCUGGGCGACGCACGGUGCGCCGAGCGAGGUGAACUCGCACCCGCAGCGGUCGGACGACACGAACGCGUUCGUGGUGGUGCACAACGGCAUCGUCACCAACUACAAGGACAUCAAGAAGUUCCUGGAGCUGCGCGGGUACGCGUUCGAGUCGGACACGGACACGGAGGCGAUCGCGAAGCUGGUGCACCAUCUGUGGAAGCAGCACCCGAACUAUUCGUUCCGCGAGCUGGUCGAGCAGGUGAUCCAGCAGCUGGAGGGUGCGUUCGCGCUCGCCUUCAAGUCGAAACACUUCCCGGGGGAGUGUGUGGUGACGCGGCGCGGUUCCCCGCUGCUGGUGGGCAUCAAGGCAAAGACGAGCCUGGCCACCAACCACGUGCCGAUCCUGUACGGGAAGGGCCACCGGCAUGGUUCGUCGGGGAAUGUUGGGGUGGUUGAGCCGACGCCCGACAAUACGGCCGACUUUAUCAAUCCGGGCGAGGAGGUGGAGUACUUCUUCGCGUCGGACGCGUCGGCAGUGAUCGAGCACACGAACCGGGUGAUCUACCUGGAGGAUGACGAUGUGGCGGCGGUGAAGGACGGGGCGCUCGGCAUCCACCGGCUGAAGAAGAGCCAGGACGAUCCGCACGCGCGCGAAAUCACCACGCUCAAGAUGGAGAUCCAGCAGAUCAUGAAGGGCAACUAUCGGUACUUCAUGCAGAAGGAAAUCUUCGAGCAGCCGGAAUCGGUGAUCAACACGAUGCGCGGGCGGGUGAACUUCGAGAGCAAGAAGGUGACGCUGGGCGGCAUCAAGGACUACAUCCCGGAGAUUAAGCGCUGCCGGCGGCUGAUGCUGAUCGCGUGCGGUACGUCCUACCACAGCGCGGUGGCGACGCGCCAGCUGCUCGAGGAGCUUACCGAGCUGCCGGUGAUGGUGGAGCUGGCGUCCGACUUUCUCGACCGCAACACGCCGAUCUACCGGGACGACGUGUGCUUCUUCAUCUCGCAGUCGGGCGAAACGGCCGACACGCUGAUGGCGCUGCGGUACUGCAAGCAGCGCGGCGCGCUGAUCGUCGGCAUCACCAACACGGUCGGCAGCUCGAUCUGCCGCGAGUCGCACUGCGGUGUGCACGUGAACGCCGGGCCGGAGAUUGGCGUCGCCUCGACCAAGGCGUACACCUCGCAGUUCAUCUCGCUCGUCAUGUUUGCGCUGGUGAUGAGCGAGGAUCGGCUGUCGCUGCAGAACCGCCGGCUCGAGAUCAUCGAGGGGCUGCGCAAUCUGGACGCGCACAUCAAGCAGGUGCUGAUGCUGGACCAGCGCGUGCUGGAGAUUGCGCAGGACCUGUACCAGCAGAAGUCGCUGCUGAUCAUGGGGCGCGGCUACAACUUUGCCACCUGCAUGGAGGGUGCGCUCAAGGUGAAGGAGCUGACGUACAUGCACAGCGAGGGCAUCAUGGCGGGCGAGCUGAAGCACGGACCGCUCGCGCUCGUCGACGACACGAUGCCGAUCGUGAUGAUCAUCAUGCGCGACCCGGUGCACCAGAAGUGCAUGAACGCGCUGCAGCAGGUGACGGCCCGGGAGGGCCGCCCGAUCAUCAUCUGCGAGGAGGGCGACCGGGAGACGAUGGCGUUCGCGUCGAAGGCGCUCGAGAUACCGCGCACGGUCGAUGCGCUGCAGGGCGUGCUGACCGUCAUCCCGAUGCAGCUGCUGUCCUACCACAUCGCGGUGCUGCGCGGCUGCAACGUCGACUGUCCACGAAAUCUCGCCAAAUCGGUCACGGUGGAGUAAUGGAUAUUCGUGCUGUGUGUGUGUUAUGUGUGCAGGAGCAGUGCGUGAGUGUGUGUGUGUGUGACACCCAAUGCGAGGGGGAAGGAACAUU